CAAGUCUUUAAGCCUCGGAGAAAAUGUGUCCAGCAUGAGACUACCUAUAUAGACAGCUGAUGAGGUCAACGUAAGAAGGACAGGUUUAUGACAUCCAAAAAUGACCGGAGUUCAACUAUCGUCGAAAACUUUGGAAAAUAACACAUUGAUAAGCUUCAUGGGCAAAACAAGACAAUUUAUUCCCCACAAUCCCCCAACAAUACACCAAAGGGAAAUAAGCGGAAGGAAAAGGAUUGACCUGCCCCCGUUUUAUUUCGCCAAUCACCACCAGGUAGCAGAAUGGACAGAGGCUGUAGGCCUCGGCCAUUUCUCUUCCUUUAUCCGCCAUCACCUGAUCAACGGGAGGAAACUCUUGACACUAGACGCCCUGCAACUACAGCGGCUUGGUUGUGAGGACAUGGCGGAGAACUUGAAGCUGGAGGCGUCUAUAAAAGAUCUGAGCCAAGCUUUGCGACACCACAGCAGCAGUUAUGACGUGCUGCCAUACUUCUACACCCAGUCCCUCAACUCCGGUCGGAUGCCACCCAGACGUUACCACAGGGAACUCUUCCAGUUCACAGACCCCUGGCUCACGGAGACGUACAAGUUCGUCAACAUAAGCGGGAACGACCUUCACCCGAGGGUCAAGGAACGAUUUCCUAGAAAAUACUAUAGCAACAGUAGAUCAGACCAUAGCCUGUAGGCUAACAACAUGGAAUGGAAAGCGGUUACAGUUUUUAAAAAAAAAAUAGUUUCCGUAAACUUAAAUCACAUUGGAGGUGUGAAAUCUGGAAAAAAAUAAACAUUAUUCGGGUCUAUUCUUCGUCCGUUCACUUUUCAAAUACCGAUUUUCAACUGUCUUGACUGUUUGCCGUUGUCAGCAUGUUUUUCUAUACAAGCUACUGUACAACUGUACAAACAGUAUGAAUAAUCAAUACUGUGUCUUUUUAAACAGGCAUUGUUAGAAUGAGUAAAAUGGACAGUUAUUUAGGCAAAAAAAAAAAAACCUUUUUUUUUACAGACUCAAGAAUGGUGAUAUCUUUU